AUGGCUACUGCUUCUUUCUGUUCUUCCAUUCUUCUUUUCACUCUCAUUUUUCAUCCAUGCUUGCGUUAUAAUGUAGCUGCCAAUAAUGCAGUACUUGGGACGGAGAGGGAAGCAUUAGAAAUAAUCAUAGGUGGAGGUGGGGGUGGAUAUUCUCCAGCCCCCUCUCCUGAAAAUGAAUAUUGUCCGCCUCCUCCACCUCCCGAGCCCCUUUGUCCCCCGCCGCCACCAUCUCCAUCGCCACCCCCUCCCCCAUCACCUCCUCCACCGCCGCCGCCGCCCAAAUCGCCACCUCCCGCCUUUCCGAGCAAAAACAUCAAAAGAGACUAUUUCACAAUUCAGAAAUUCAAGAAAAAAAUUACUUUUGACCCCUUAAAAAUUACAGAUAAAUGGACGGGAAAUGAUGUCUGUCAUUACCCGGGCUUUGCAUGUGCAACUGUACCUGACCAGAAAGUGACUGCCCUUGCAGCAGCAGAUUUCAAUGGCUAUUUGUUUGGUGGCCCUGAUCUUCAGCUUACUGAUUUCAUCGAUCAGUUGCUGGACGUAUCCAUCUUUCAUGCAAACUCCAACAAUUUCAGUGGCCCUGUCCCAAAGAAUAUUAGUACUUCAAGAGUCCGCUACUUGUUUGAGCUCGAUCUCAGCAACAACAAGUACUCUGGUGGAUUCCCUGUGUCUGUUCUUCAAGCCACCAACUUAACCUUUUUAGACAUGAGGUUCAACUCAUUUUCAGGGCCAGUUCCAGCUGAAGUCUUCACCUUAGACUUAGAUGCACUUUUGAUGAACAACAACCAAUUCUCACAACAGCUUCCUGAUAAUCUCGGUUCCACACCUGCCAUUUAUCUCACUCUUGCUAAUAACAAGUUCACUGGUCCAAUUCCAAGAAGUAUCGGCAAUGCCCGAAACCUUCUUGAAGUGCUUUUCUUGAACAAUAAGUUCAGCGGGUGCUUGCCAUACGAGAUUGGCAAAUUGAAAUUGAUUGCCCUUUUUGAUGCGAGCAGCAACAAGUUGACUGGCCCAAUACCCCAUUCAUUUGCAUGCUUAGCAAAGAUGGAGACCCUGAAUUUGGCCGGAAACGAAUUUUACGGACCGGUGCCAGAGAUGGUGUGCGACUUGCCUAGAUUAACAAACUUGUCUCUGUCAAACAACUAUUUCACUCAGGUUGGACCCGAGUGCAGGAGUUUGAUAAAGAAAAGGAUUCUUGAUGUUGGAAUGAACUGCAUUUUGGAUCUUCCUGGUCAGAGAUCAGCAGCUGAUUGUGCUGCCUUCUUCGCAAAACACAGGACUUGUCCCAAUGAGAGUCCCAAUGAGAGGUCACUCCACUAUAUUCCUUGUAGGAAGGAUGGUUAUUCGAGUUCAUUGAAGACGUCUGAUCAACAAUCAGUGGCCCCGGCUGCUGCACCUGUGACAUAUAAUGCUCUUAAACCACAUAAGUUGCGGUUUUAA